AAUUCAAUUUCAAACACAAUGUUAAAAAUAUUCAUUUGUCUUUUCGUUGUAAGUGAAGUUUUUUCAAGUAAUUUCACUUGUUUCAAUGGUGGUUCUAUUGAUGCCAGUAAAAUUUGCGACGGGCUUGGAAAUUGUUCGGAUUUAUCCGAUGAACGUGCGGAACUUUGUGCGUCAAUUAUUUGCAAGGCCGAUGAAUUUAAAUGUUAUUAUGGUGCAUGCAUUAAUCGAGAGAAUUUCUGUAAUAACAUUUCUGAUUGUAUCGAUGGAUCUGACGAAUUUAACUGCGGAAAAUCAAACACAAGUUGCGACCCAGGUGAAUUUCGUUGUUCAUCAUCAAAUCAUUGUAUUGAUUCAUCAUUAAUUUGCAAUCAAAUUCGCGAUUGCCCAGCUGGUGAGGAUGAAGCGCAAAUUUGUCAACCGCAAUCAUGUCAUGAUAAAACAUUCCACUGUGGUUAUGGUCGUUGUAUUGACAGAGAAUCAGUUUGUGACAACUUUAACGACUGCAUUAACGGUGACGAUGAAUCAGAUUUAUUGUGCAAGACUUUAUCAUGUUUCAAUGCUGAUUGCACUUUUCCAACAUGUCCGCCAAUCAAAUCCACACGCUUAAAUGUUAAAUGCUUUCACAAAAAUAUCCAAGUUGAUUGUGAUAAAAACAUUCAACCAGAAACAGAAGCAAAAUAUUCCUGCAGAGAAUUUUAUCAACCCGAAUCUGAAUUUCAUAUGUUCAACGACAAAGCUAUUUGUCAACAAGAUGGUCGAUGGUCAACAGAAAUUCUUAAAUGUGAACCAAAAUGUGGCUACUUAAAAGAAUCCAUUCCAUUGAUUGUACAUGGUUUCAGCACCGAAAUAACAUUCCCAUGGCACGCAACCCUUUUUAUAAAACGAGGCAAUGAAUUUAUGUUUGCCUGUGGAGCGACGUUAAUCACUGAAUUGGUCGUUUUAUCAGCCGCACAUUGUUUCGCUCAUGUUAAUGAAAGUGAAGUGAAAAUUGCAAUCGGUGCUCGUCACAGCAACUUCACUGAAUCACUCAACAAGGAUUCAGCUAAAUAUUUUGAUGCUCAACGCAUUAUUCGUCAUCCUUUAUAUUUAGAUGUUCUUGGAAAUUAUGGAUCGGAUAUUGCGCUCGUUGAAUUGAACGAAACUGUAACACUUAAUUAUGAAAUCCAUCCAGCUUGUAUUGAUUGGGAAUUAGAUGACAUAACGUCACAUCUAACACGUAAUCAAUUGGGAACUAUUGUUGGCAUGGGAGUGACUGAAAACGAUACAAAUAGUGAAGUUAUUCGCAUGACGUUGUUGCCAAUUGUCGCGAAUGAAGAUUGUAUAAAGUUACAACCGAGAGAUUUUCAGAAAUUCGUUACAUUCACGACAUUUUGCGCUGGUUGGGGUAAUGGAACGUCAUUAUGCAAUGGUGACAGUGGUGGUGGUUUGAUGUUCCUUUCAAGAGAUCUUAAAACAUGGAAGGUUCAAGGAAUUGUAAGUUUAAGUCCCCGAAGGCAAUCAACCUUUUUUUGCGACCCCUACAAAUUCACGGUCUUCACCAAAGUUGGCCUUUAUGUGAAAUGGAUCAAAUUUAUACUCAACAACAUACACAACACCCACACUGAGCCACUUGAAGUUGUUGAGUAUGAGCCGAUUUUGUAG